UCCUCCUGCAGCUGCGCUUCGCCUGCUGCUUAUUUCUCCUAACUCCCAGCCUCCAGUUAGCCUUCCUGUCUUGACACCCACCAAACUCGUUUGCCUGUCCUGUAUUGAAACUAUCCAUUCGUCUACAUGGUCAUUGUUGCCCAAAUAGAUACGAGAUCGCCGAUUCCUAUCCACUGGCAGAGUUCUAUCUGAUGGGGCAGUUAUACUCAACUUUAACGCGUCCAACCUUAACGACUCAAGUUCCUUUGCCUUGGGAAGUAGUGCCGGGUGGCAUAAGAAUCAAGACUCAAGAAUGGGUUUGUCCUCCUGGUGGUGAACGGGCCCAACCAGCUUGCUUUGAGGACAGUCAAUUACCGGCAACAAAUCGCUCAGGAAGCGAUAGACUUUGUUCCACCUGUAUGAGCCUCGGCCAUCUAGAAAGCACACACUGGGAUAGCAUCAACAACUUUCGUGAGGUUGUUGUAAAACAUCACCACUCAGUCAGUGCGUUACUCGAGAGCGCACGUAGAGGUUGCCAUUGUUGCGGAUUGUUAUUGAUAGCGUGGGAAGAAAAUUGUCGCUUGUAUCAGGAGCCCGGGGGUGGAUGGACCGGUAAGGCAGACUUUGGUUCGGUUUCCUUAGACGGCGACAUCGGACUCAGAUAUCAGAGGGUGCGAACGACAAUCCCCUUGACUGGUGAUGAGGUAGAUGAAGUCCAAAUCACCAUACUAUGUGGCGGCUUGCAGCCUGGUAUGAGUGGACGACUGAUCUGUAAACCUAUGGACUCCAAUCUUACAGCUCUUCCAGAAACGUGCCUUCCUACAGGGAGUGACACUCAUACUGGCUCCUCAGCAAGUUUAUUUAGGAUAAAGGCUUGGCUGAACAUCUGUACCUCUUCACAUCCAGCAUGUUCGCAGGCCGAUUCUCAGCCUCCGCCUCUGCCAACGAGAGUGAUAGCGGUAGGGCAGAAAGGAUCCAACAGAUGUUAUCUUGUGUCUGGAAAGAAAAAGAGUGGUCACUACGCUACUUUGAGCCACUGCUGGGGAGACCCCAACCGUCGACCGUUGUCGACAACUGAUCAGACUCUUGCUUGUCGACAGCAGGGCAUCAAGGACGAAGAAUUGUCAAGAACAUUUCAGCACGCAGUUCAAGUCUGCAGGGAAGUAGGUAUAGAAUACCUCUGGAUCGACUCUUUGUGUAUCAUCCAAGAACAAGAAUCACAAGAAGAUUGGGCAAAAGAAGCGCCGAGAAUGGGACUUGUGUACGGCAACUCGAGGUUGAACAUCUCUGCGGCAGCAGCAGCAGACUCCACUCAGGGGUGUUUUAAAGAGCGCCUCGGUCAAUUUUCUUGGCCUUGUCCAGUCGUCCUUUCGGGACAGGAAUGCUAUCUUUCUCGGUAUCCAACGAAAGAAGAACACCAUGGCAAUCCGGGAGACCUUAAUUGGGAGAACUCCGUAGCUCAAAGAGCCUGGGUUCUUCAGGAACAGGCCUUGUCUCGCCGCUCUAUUAUGUUUUCGAAAACCCGUCUCAUUUGGCGUUGCCGAACACUGUCGACCAAUGAAAAACAUCCGCUAGGAAUACCGCAUGCCCCAAGCAUAUCAGCUGAUAACCAGCGUCUACUUCACUGCAUAAUAAAUGGCAUAACAUCACUCACGUCGAAAAACCCGAAGGUCGACAUCUAUACCUGCUGGUAUAGAAUGUUAGAGGAUUUCACAUUUCGAAGUCUAACAUACGAUGAAGAUAGACUACCUGCGAUAGCUGGAAUUGCGAAUAAGUUUGGAGAAGUAGCAGAUGAUAACUACCACGCAGGGUUAUGGAGGCGCGACAUGCUUCUCGGUAUCCUAUGGCAUGCGACAAGCGGAAGUCCUGCAAACACAACCAAAUCAGCUAGGGCACCUUCGUGGUCGUGGGCCUCGGUCAAUUGUGGAGUGAAUUACGACCAUCUUUUAUCGGCUGGCGCUGAUGCCAGUCGUAUCCCCUUAUCUCCACUGGUCGAUAAUCUUGACGUUUCGGACCCACCAACCUGUGGGGAUCAUCCGUUCGGAGUAAUGUCGAAAGCCUCCUUGAGGAUGUCUGGCAUUUUGUUAAAACUGAUGCGCGACAAGUACGAGGACUCCGGACUAGCUCUGACCGAACACGGCACUUUGACCGAAAACGGCACCCGUCUCAUGGGGGAUAUUGAAGACGACUCCUGGGACGUCUGGGAUUACGACAGGGCAGCUCAAAAAUCCUUGGUCUGUUUACCCGUUUGCGUACGUCAUGAUCCUUACAAUCGACUUGAAGAUGACGAUGGCGAUGGCGAAUUAUACAAAGCCUCGUGGGAAAAGUCCCUGAAGACAGGAAUAGACGACUUUCAACGACAGAAUAAGAUAUUUGGCUUGAUUCUACGGCCUGUCAGAAAAAGACGAGGCGUAUACGUUCGAGUGGGGCUGUGUAGCUUCGCCACUCGUAAGACAAUUGAGAUUAGCAGGAUGGCUUUUGGAGAACGUAGAUUCCUGACUAUCGUUUGAUUGUCCUCGAACUCGCACAAAUGUAGAUGAGUCAAGGAUCAUUUUGUUUUUCCAUGUCAUAGAAUUGUACAUGUGCAGAAACGAUACCCUCUCUACCGCAGGCUAGGCUGGCUUAUUGCAAGAAAAUUACAACUAGCAACGGUACUCUGUACUUCUAGGUUCCUUGUCGAUCCGAAGUGUCUCGGGGUCGUUCAGGUCGUCUACUUGAUCAUGCUGAGCUUAAGGCCCAUGGCCGUGGUAAGGAUAUUAGGGUUCGUCUUCACAACUUCUGCUUGCAACUUUUCGAAGUUUUCAACGUAGAUUUGCUGGACGUGGCAUAAUGUUCCGGCGCUCGACAAGUCUGCACAAGGCUCCAAA